AUGGCCACCGCACACCCCAACAUCCAUGCCGUUGCGGACCUCAUCGCACGCGCCAUCGACCCAGCGACCAUCGACCCAACCAAGCUCUCCGUCCUCUCCGUCCUCAAGACAGCAAUGCCCACCGGCACCGGCACCGACAUUGUCUUGCCUACCGGUGAUGUGGCCCCGCAGUGGUACAAGGAUCUGCCUGCGGAUGUCAUGGUGCUGCUGGCGCAGAUGUAUCCCGCGACUCCUACUGUGGCAGUUGCGAUGAGUCAGACUACGAAUGCGAGUUUGAAUGGGACUGAGAUUGCGGUGCAGAAGACAGCAAGUGUGUCUGAGAGCCAGACGACGCUCACCAGAACGCUGGAACUCGUACCCACAUCCACGGCGGCCGCCAACAAGACACUCUCGACAGGCUCACCAAGCGACAACUCAACGAAUGUCACACUUUCUACUGGAGCGCCGAGUCCGACGCAGUCCGUUUUCUCGAUUGGUGCUAAGAAUACUGUUGGGACGGGGAAGUGGUCGGUUGUGAUGGGGUUGGGUGUUGCUGCGGUGUUCUGCUUCUUUGCCUAG